AUGUCUGAACUCGAUCUUAAUAAACCUUUUGAUCCUUUUGCUGAUGUUGAAGAAGAACAAGGUGUUACUCACACCAAUUAUCUUCAUCUCCGUAUUCAGCAGCGUAACGGUCGCAAGACUUUAACUACUCUUCAGGGUCUCCCUAAGGAAAUUGAUACUAAGCGUUUAUUGAAGGCUGUCAAGAAGGCCUUUGCUUGUAACGGUACUGUUGUUGAAGAUGAGGAACACGGUGAGAUCAUCCAAAUGCAAGGUGACCAGCGUCAAAAGAUGGCUGAAUUCUUGGUGUCCGAAGGCAUUGCUAAGAAAUCCGAUAUCAAAGUUCACGGUUUUUAA